AUAUAUAGUAUGUAGAACAUCAAAUGAAACCAGUAGUGAGGAGAAACAGCAGCUUUCCUGAAUUGGAGACUACAUUGUGAUCUAAGUUCUAAGAGAUGCAGCUGACUUCAGCUCAACCCUGCUCCUCGGUGAUGUGUCUGUUGCUGCUGUUGGCAAAUCUGCUCCUUUGGGAGAAUGUGUCCUCCACACCAGAUGUCUUGUCCACUAAAGACCUGUAUGAUCAUGUGGUUGAACAGUCUCAUACCAACUAUGACAUGUCUGCAUACAUAUACCACGAAUUUAAUGUAAAAUUUGCUAAAGCAAGUUGGUUAAACGACAAGGCACCCAUGGAGUGCCACACUGCAUCCAUCACGACUCCAGAGAAUUUUAUGCAAAUCCGUGAAACAAAAACAGAAGACCUUCUGAAAGCAGUCAUAGCAAUUUCUCGUGCCUGGGACUAUCCUCUGAUACACCUGAUACUUGCCACGGCUGCUCUCCCGACAGAGUCUAAUGAAAUGAUGCAAAGAAUCAAUGAUGUGAAGCACGGAAUUAUAGAACUUUUGAAGGGACUUGAGAUUCUACUGAGCAGGACCCAGCCUGGAGCUGUAGAAAAUUUUCCUCCUCACUGGUCAGGACUGAGAGAACUUCAGUCGUCUGAUGAAGACACUCACCUUUUUGUUAUGUAUAACCUCUGCCGUUGCCUGAAAAAGGACACACAAAAGGUUGAAAGUUACCUCAAGGUCCUGAAGGCCCGAGUCAUCUUUAAGGAGAACUAUUAAUCAGAGAAACUUCCUCCUGCACCAGAUGAGAAAAAAAAAUUCCAAAGUUCCACAGCCAUAUAUUAUGCAGAGACUGGGAGUCCUUGGAGAACUCAGCCCUAAAUGCGAUGUUUCUAUCAAAUCCCUCUCCUCGAGUUCAGGGAAUCCUGCAUUAGAAGAGGCAAAAGAGUGCGAGAACCACAGGGGAUGGAGAACCCUAAGAAAACUAGGCUCUCUGCGUCAAUAGGAGAAAAGCUCACCUGAACUCAGAGACUGAGGCAGCAUGCACAGGGCUUAUACGUCUGCACCAGAUCCUCUGCAUUUACAUUGCAGUUUCCAUUGUAUUGUUCUUCUGGGGCUCCUGCGUGUGGGAAUGAGUGGGUCUCUGAUCCUUUUGCCCUCUCUUGGGUCCUUUUCUUUUCAUUGGUCUGCAUUUUAUUUUGUUACAUUAAAAAACCUAAAUGAAUAAAUAAAUGAAACCCUGU